UUGAGGACUACAAAAAAGAAUUUGAGUUGAUGUUAAAACAACAAGAAAAAGUUUUUAUUGAUAUUAUUAGUGGAAACUUGAAAAUAUUUAAUGGCAGGUUGGAAAAAGUAGAAAAAGACAUCGAAGAAUUGAAACUUAGUUUAAACUUUCAUGAACAACUAAUUGAUGAAAAAGUUAAGAAAGCAAAGGUUUGCAGUAAAGAAGACAAUUCAGAAAGUAUACAAAAAAAGUUAAGGGAAUUGGAAGAUCGAUCUAGACGUAACAAUUUAAGAGUAGAUGGAAUUGAUGAAAAUGAAGGUGAAAGCUGGGAAGAAAGCGAAAUGAAGAUUUUAGAGAUAAAGUCGCGAUCUUGAGCAAGUCGAGUAAGCUAAAAGGGAAAAACAUUUAUAUAAACGAAGACUUCUGUUUUGA